AUGGCUUCAAAUAAUAAUCAUCGUCAGGAUAACAGUAAACGUUCGAAUAGAAAAAAAAACUUUUCGAAUGAUAAGUUAAAUGACGGAAAUAAUGAUUUGAAUGCGAUUACUUCAGAUGGACCAUCAAACUUUUAUUCAAAUAACGAAGAUAACUUUCACUCUAAUGAGAAUACUGCAAUUACUUCUGUUCAUGAUGAAUCUAACAAACGUUCUAACAGAAAAAACAAAUAUCAGAAUGAAAGAAGCAACGAAAUGAAUGAUGAUAGGAAUCGUACUGCUUUCGCUCCACACGGACCAUCACAAUCCUAUCCUAAUACCUCAAAUAACGAAGGUAACUCUCAUUUAAAUAAAGAUUUAGCUGUUACUACUACUCGUGAUGAGUUUAAUCAUUCGAAUAGAAAAAACAAAAAUAAACUAAAUGAUAACAGAAUUAAUGAGUUAAAUGACGGCAGAGAACGUGUUGACAACAUUUCAAAUAACAGAGAUGAUUCUCAAUCAACUUCUGCCGCUGUGCAUGUUGAGUCUAAUAAUAAACGUUCAAAUAAAAAUGAUGAUCAUAAUGUUACUGCAACACAUAACUCUAAUUAUUUAAAUAAAGAGGAUGAUUUUCAAUCCAGCGAAAGCACAACUACUACGGUACGUGGUAAGUCUCAACGCCCGAAUAGAAGAAAAAAAGACAAGUUAAAUGAUAAUGGAAAUAAUAAGUUAAACGAUGAUAGAGAAAGUUUUUCAAUUACGUCACCUGGCCCAUCGGAAACUUAUCCCAAUUCUUUAAAUAAUGAAGAUGUUCCUCAAUCAAAAAAUACUCCGGUGCGUAAUGAGUCUAACAAUAAACGUUCUGAUAAAAGAAAAAAGCUUCCGAAUGAUGGAAGUAAUAAUUUAAAUGAAGAUAGGGAUCAUACUGCGAUUGUAUCAAGUGAAUCUUCAAAUACCUAUUCUAAUACUUUAAAUUAUGAGAAUGAUUCUCAUUCUACUGAAAAUUCAGGAUUUAAUGAAUUUUCUAGUAAAAGUCCUGAUAAAAGUUUAUCAUCUUUGGAAAGAGAUAUUUUAUUAAAUAAAACCAAUCAAAUGAGUCAAGCGGAUCAAAGUUUUGAUAGUGAAAAGAUAUCCGAUUAUUCUUCUAAUUCUCAAAGUACUCUAAAUUUUGAAAAUAAUUUUCAUUCUGAAAAUGUAAAAUCAGGACAUAAAGCUCGAUCUUUACGGAAAAAUGUUGCUUUAGUUGCGGAUUCGCCAAAAAAUCAAGAAGACAGAAUUCAAUCAGAUAAUGUAAAUGAAAGUGAAAAUGUCACGAUACUUCAACAUAGUGAUAAUAAAAAUACUAAUCCACAAUUUAGCAAGACUGAUGCUAAUCGAGAUGCUAAAUUUAAAGAGAACAUAGAUAGUAUUGAUAAAGCUAAAUCCGCUAAGCAAAAGAAACAAAAGCAGGUAAAACAUGAUGUCACUAAGAAUGACUACGAUAACACCAAUGAAGGAGAUAAAGAGGAUGAAAAGAAUAAAGAGGAUGAAGAGGAUAAAGAUGAAGAAGAUGAAGAAGUCCUCUCCUCUAUUCAAAAAAGACAAGAUAGUGAAAGUCAAAAAGGUUUUUCUUAUCAGUCUGCUUCAUUACAAAGUGGACAAUCUGUUCGGAAUGAAAAUCUUAAUUUGGACAUAGAAAAUAAAGACUUGAAACACGAUGAUUCGAUUCAACAAAACUCUGAUCAAGCUGGACAGUCUACUUCAGGGACGACCGGGAUUACAAAUUUUGUUGGAAAAAUUUUUGAAAAAGUUAUCCCGAAAGGAAAUAACGAUGACAUUGUAAUUGUAUUCUAUGUUCACAUGCCAAGAAUCAUCAAUGACAUCGGAGUUCCAUAUGUUGUUGGUAAUAUUCCGGAAUUAGGAGAAUGGGAUAAAGAUAAAGCCACAAUUAAGCUCACAGAGAAAAAAAUUUCAGGAAAAGCCACAUCAUGCUGGGAAUCGAAACCAGUUCGCAUUCCACUUGCACAAUUUGCAAAAAAAGUUACUAUCGAAUACAAGUAUGCAAUCAAAGAGAAAGGCAAAAAGAACAAGAAUAAACCUUUAAUAUUCGAAGGAGGUGAUAAUCGUGUUCUUGAAGUUGACGGAGGUGAUAAAUAUGAGAUCUGGAAAGAAAAUGAUAAAAUCAAAUUCCCUCUCGAACUUGGGGAUGUUUAUUUAGUGAAAAUCAUUUAUGACUCUGUGAUUCCUGAGAACCUUAAAGAGAAGAUUAUGAAUUAUGAAAAGAUUUUAGAUAUUUAUCCGAGGUCAACAAAAGCUGCUACAUCAAUUGAUUUUAUAAUGAAUUCAUUUCUCGAAGAUAGAUCCCUAGAAAAAAGGCUUUUCUUAUGUGUUCUCUUGGGGUAUUACGUGAAAGGAAGAGAUUCUCAAUAUUCUUCAUUGCCUCCAAAAUUUCAAUCAUCUCUUGUUUUUGAAACAAUUCAAAAUAUUAAUGCUGAAACGCUCCCGUCUGGCACUUAUAAAAUAUUGGCAUUUACAAUUCCACUUUUGGUUCGACACAACUGUAUAUUUUUAAGUGAAUCACUCGAUUGGCUUAAGGUUUUUGGUGUAGCCAAUUUUAUCGAUCCAAAAUAUGAAUUCCUCAAUUACAUAUCAGAUCUCAGUUAUAGCGAAAAAACGAUGAAUAAUUUUUUCAAGAGUUUUAAUGAAUCUGUUACUCCGAUUAUUCACACAAUUGAUGAUAAAGAACUUUAUGCGAAAAUUGUCGAGUGGUUGUUCCGUCAAUGCUAUCUAAUGAAGUUCCUUGUUACUGUGUGGCAAGAAAUUGUUAAUCAUGAUGAUGAGAUUGAUGAAUUACUUCGACCGAAUUUAAUUGAACGUGCUCGAUAUAUUUUAAACCGCAAUGUUUCAUGCAAUUAUCUUUAUAAUUGUUACUGUGAUUUGCCUGAACAACUCAAAAUCAUGUUUACUGAGAUAUUCCGUCAACAAUCUUUACGUUUAUUAUCGGCUAAACAAAACCAACAAUGGGACAAAUUUCAAUUAGAUGCAAUUAUCAAUCUUUUAACAAAUGAUCAAAUUCAAUGGUCUUUAGAGGAAUAUUUCAAUGUGUUAGAUACUGUUUCCCAAAGUAUAGAUCUUGGACUCCUUACACGAUUUCAUGAGCUGCUGAAAUUUGGAUUUAAAACGUUCAAUAUAAUGAAUAUAAUGGAAGAACAAGAACAGAAACUUUCACUUUUAUGCAAGCAAUGGUAUCGCAAUUUAUUAGAUCGGGCGUCAAGCUGUUCUAGCUCAAAUGCUGAUCUUAAAAAUAAAUUUGCCUUUAUGGCGUUCAAUCAUAUUUCAAAGGUUUAUCCUUAUAUUGGUAAAAUUCCUAUUUGGGAAGUUUUACUUGAAAUUGUAGUAAAUCGUGUUAGACCUACUUCUGAAAAUAUUAUUCUUGGUGCUGUGAAUAAAGUAGCGCAAAGAUUAGAGCCACCAGUUAUAGAAGCAUUUAUCACUAUGGUGAAAGACAAAUUAACUGUAUCUAUGUUAUGUGCGGACAAUCAGCUUAUGACAAAGAUCAAACUGAUUUGUGAUUGUUCCACUGAUGAAUUGAAAAUACCUACAAGUGAGGAUGUCUUGUGCUAUAUCAUGACUCGAUUACAAAAUUCUUAUGAUUCCCAAACUUUUUCCGAGAAUUUUCAUCUUUCUUUACUUAAAUCUGGAGAUUUUUGGAUUCAACUAUUGAAAGCCACCGGAAGUGUUGAUAAAUUACAUUCACAUCCACAAAUUACUGAAGUUCGGAAUGCUAUUUCUCAUCUUGCAGAAAUUUUAAUUGAAGAAUCUAUUAGUAUCGACUUACUUCAAGAACUUUUAAAGAAAGAUGAUGAUUUUUUGCUUACAUAUUUUGGUUUCGCUAUUAUGAAAGAUGAUUUAUCAUCUAUAAACAAGGAUAUCCUGACAAAUAUUCGAGAAAAAAAUCGAAUUUAUGGAUUAGGUCUUAACUAUCUUAAUUCUUUUUAUACUGAAUUUUGCCCACAAUCCAUUGCCUUUGAUGUUAAAGAGUAUUUAGAUGACAUUUAUGAAAUGCAUCAACGUAAAAAGGUUAUUACACUUAGAGACACAUCUUUGACUUAUUAUUGGGGAAUGCACACAGAUGUGUUGGAAAUUGCUGAAGAGUUAUAUAAAUAUAGGAAUUCUCAGACAUUCAAGAACUUUUUGAAUCUCACAUUGAAUGACUUAAUAAAUGAAACAUAUGAAGGUGAUGCACAAGAAGUUAAAUGGUUAGUUAUUAUGAUGCCAGUUAUUUAUAAAGACUAUUGCCAGUGGUGUAGUUCUUAUUCGAAAUGGGAAACUCAGAGAUUUUCACAUGCCAAAGUCUUAUGGGAUAAAGUUCCAGAUGUCAAUAGCGAACUUGAUUUGAUGGGUGAUCUAUUAAAAGUUGAAAAAAAUUCAAAAUUAAUAAGAACACUAACUGAUAUUUCUAAAGUUACCCAAUGGAUCGAUAAAUUACAACAACUUAGUGAAGUUGAAUCCAGCUUUAGGGUACAAAUAGAUGAAGAUGAAGUUGAAGAUGAUUGGUUGCAAGACACAUUAGGUGACUUGAAAGAUGAUGAAACGUUGACAUUAGGAAUAUUGAGUGAUUCUUUUGAUCUAUUACAUGAAAGGCUUCAAGUGCUUGAUGAUGCAUGCUGGGCAUUGAUCAAAGAGUUGUCUCUUUCUGGAGAUUUCUUGAAUUGGAUUCGAUCCAUAGCGGAUCAUGAUAUUAAGAAUUUGAUUAAUGGAGUAGACGAUCAUUCUGAUGAAAGACUUAUUCAAGAAGAUACAGUAUCAUCUUUAAUUCAAGUUAAACAAUUUCUUUUACCGAUUAUGAUUGAAGCAGAAAGUUGUUCACGAGAAAAAUUUUUGAAAGAAAUACGAAAUGUUACAGAAACUAAUUCUUCAUUAGCUAGCAAAAUUACUUUGUGUAAUUGCAACAAUAUGGCAUUACAAAAUAUGUAUGCCGCUAUUUCGAAUCGUGGUGAAGUAACCAAGGAAAAGAUUUAUAAUGCAGUCAAGAUUGGUGUCUAUGAAUUUAAAUGGACAUUAAAGGAUGAUACAUGCUCUGCUACCUUAUCUUAUUCUUCUAAAAAUGGCGUAAAGAUGACAUAUUCUAUGAAUGAUUUGCAAGAUUUACGUGGUCGAGCAUUGUUAAUAGCUAAACCUGCAUCUACAAUAUAUACUGAAGAUGAGGAAGAAUCAAAAGAUAUAAUGAAUGAAUUUGUACUACAAGUUGACAAGGCACAAAACAUUAUUGAUGAAUCUACUAAGCUUAUCGAGGCUGGUCAUUUUAAUUAUCGUGACUGCAAGAAAGAGGUUAAAGGUUUGGAGCAAUUGAAUACACAUCUUAAAAAUUUAGAAAAAGAUUUAAAAGCUUGGGAAAGCACGGUAUCAAAAGUCCAGCAAGAACAUUAUUAUUUAACAUUCUUUCCCGCUCGACACAUUCUUUCCUUUUAUGACUAUUUUAGCAAUAGCAAGGGGGCUAAUCGAAGGAUUUGUGAAAAGACUUGUGAAACUCUUGUAAGAUAUGUCAAUUUUGGAGCCAAAUUACCACCAAUGCGAAAUCCUAAAGAUGCAUUAAAUGUUAAAAACAAUCACUACAAAAUUCUUUGUGAAAUUGGAACAAGAUUAAAGAGCAUUUUUGAAUCUCUACCAAAAGAUCCUAUUCCUUUCGAAGAAUGUGGUGAACGUGUAGUUUCUGAUGUUGUAUACCCUGGAAAACUAUUUGUCGCUGCAUGCAGUGAUCGAUCAGUUAUUACUAAUAUUAUAAUGUCAUUAUAUGCUAACAGUAAAUUUUAUCCUAACGCAUGGCAACUCUUAAUUUGCACAUCAUCCACAACUUCAGAGGAAAUUGCAAUAUUUAUUAAGCGAUGUUCAUUUGCUUCGAACAAUGGAUACAAUGAUUAUCUUUUUUGUAUGGCUAAUCUAGAGGUUCUUGAUUAUAAGUUGCAAUAUUAUGUAGUUAAACAAAUACGAAAUCUUUUAGAUAAAGCCAAAAAUUUUUACCUGGCUUUAAUUUGUUGUCAAGAAUCGGGAAUGCAUCAUCAUAUUUUGGAUCAAUUUUCUGAGUAUGUUCGUAAAACCGAUGGAUUAAGUGCUAAAUCAAUGAAAGAAUCGUAUCGAGAUAUAUGCCGAAAAGUAGUCUGUGUAACUUCUGAUUUAUCUGGACAAGGAAAGACUGAAUGGAUAAAACAAGAAAGUUAUAGAAAAAAAGUUAUUCCACGUACUUUUAUUAUUAAUGAUGGAGCCGAUUUUGGCAAAUUGGUGAGACAAUUUAUGAAAUUUCCGAUUCGUAAGGAGUUGGAUUCUUUACAUAUUAAUAUCAUAUCAGCAGACAAUCCUUGGGAGGUUAAUAUGUUUUUAUUCCAUUUAUUAACAUUUGGUAUUGUUUCGCAUCAAAGCGAUAUUGCAACCCUUCCUGAUAUCCACAUAUAUAUCGAAGUUGCUUCUAGUGUGGAUAAUCGAUUAGCAAAAUCAUUACCAAUAGUUAGUUAUUUAGAUACUCCGCAUCUUCGUUUCAAUCUUAAAAAAUUAAUCGUAUCAAAUGAGAUUUGUAGUCCAGUUCAA